AUGUCCGGACUAUUCGCUCUCGGUUCCAACGGAUCGGGACAACUUGGCCUUGGCCACAAGGAAGACGUCUCGGUUCCCAAACCCAUCAUCUUUCAUUGCGAACCGCCUUCGGACGCCAUUGUCAAGGUCGCGGCCGGCGGCAACCACUCAGUCAUCCUCACCGAGUCUGGAAAGGCCUACUGGAGCGGAGAUUCCUCCAAAGGGGCGUGCGGCAUCACCACCAUUGGUACCGCAGACAAUGCCCAAUUCGAGGAGCUGGUUCUGACUGAAGAAACGGGCACCACCCUUGGCCCCAUAGUCGACGUGGCGUGCACCUGGGAGAGUUCUACCUUUAUAGUGAGAGAUGAGAAUGGCAAGGCCACCAAGGUGUACAGUUGCGGCACCGGCGAGCAGGGUCAGCUUGGCUUCGAAUCACAGGGCAUCAUUGAGCCACGACUGGUGCCAAACUUUCCGCCUGAAGGACUCGAGGUCGUUCGCAUUGCUGCCGGUCUAGCACACAUUGUGGCUGUCUUGAGUAACGGCGAUGUAUACGGCUGGGGUAAUGGGAGGAAGGGACAGUUGGGUCAAUUGGUGUCCCUUCCGGAUGGUGCACCUCCCCCGCCCGUGAUUCACAAGGCACCGUGUAAGAUUGGCGGCACUAGUGGGGUGCUCUUCAAGGUUGCCGAUGUCGUAUGCGGACAACACUCAACUGUGUUGAUCAGUGGAAAAGGAGAGGGCAGAAUUCUCGUCCUCGGCCCUGACAAAUGGGGUCUCAAAUCCGAUGCGCCUACCAGUGUCCCAAACUGGACUGCAAUCAGUGGUAGUUGGGGUGGCGUGUACAUUCACAAGGAUGAUGGUACACUAAUUGCAUGGGGUCGAGACGAUCACGGGCAACUUCCACCGCCCGAAGUUCCAAAACUCACAAGGAUAGGAGCGGGUAGUGAACAUGUACUAGCAGUCACCGAAGACGGAUCAGUACUUGCUUGGGGUUGGGGAGAACACGGCAAUUGUGGACCAAAGACAGACGGAAGAGCAGGUGAUGUCAAGGGUCGUUGGAAUGUCAUUGCUGCCUCGAGCAAUCUUCCCAAUGGCUCUCGAAUUGGAGCCAUAGGUGCAGGUUGUGCAACUAGCUGGAUCUACAUUCAUGCCGAGGGCCUUCAUCUGUGA